UUAACCUUGAUCUUGGAGCUCUUCAAGACAUCAAAGCUCCACCAGUUUUCUUGUCAUCUUAUUGCAGACAUUAAUUACCAGUUCUAGGUCCAAUGAUUAGUUCUGUGACAAGACAGCAUGACACUUUGAGUAUGACAGAAGUCCUGAUGCUGCAGCAGAGGCUGGGAGUAUUAAUGGCCAAAUCUAGAGAUCAGAUGGUCUUCUAAAGAAGUCAUGGGUAGCUGUUGUAGCUGUCCAGAUAAAGAAACUGUCCCAGAUAACCAACGAAACAAGUUUAAGGUUAUUAAUGUGGAUGAUGAUGGUAAUGAACUGGGUUCUGGCAUAAUGGAACUUACAGAUACAGAAUUAAUUUUGUACACCCGUAAAAGGGACUCUGUAAAAUGGCACUACCUCUGUCUCCGUCGCUAUGGCUAUGACUCAAAUCUUUUCUCUUUUGAAAGCGGUCGAAGGUGUCAAACUGGACAAGGAAUCUUUGCCUUUAAGUGUGCCCGGGCAGAAGAGCUGUUUAACAUGUUACAAGAGAUAAUGCAGAAUAAUAGCAUAAAUGUGGUAGAAGAACCAGUAGUAGAAAGGAAUAAUCAUCAAACUGAUUUGGAAGUACCAAGAACCCCUCGAACACCUACCACUCCUGGGUUCAAUGCACAAAGUUUACCCAAUGGCUAUCCCAGAUACCCAUCUUUUGGAGAUGCUUCAUCACACCCUUCCAGCAGACAUCCUUCUGUCGGCAGCGCACGCCUCCCCUCUGUCGGUGAAGAAUCAACACAUCCUUUACUUGUAGCAGAGGAGCAAGUGCACACUUACGUAAACACUACUGGAGUACAAGAGGAAAGAAAAAAUCGAUCAAGUGUGCAUGUGCCACUGGAAUCAAAGCUUUCUAACACUGAAACAACUAAAGUGAAAGAAGAGCAGAUGUGUACUGAUGACAGAGAUGCUCAGGUUCUCCUGGAGCCUGAAGGAGUGAAGUUUGUUUUAGGACCAACACCUGUGCAAAGGCAGUUAAUGGAAAGAGAGAAACUGGAACAACUUGGGAGAGAUCAAGUUAGUGGCAGCAGCACAAACAACACUGAAUGGGACACUGGGUACGACAGUGAUGAACGUAGAGAGACACCAUCUGGUAACAAAUUGGUGUAUGAAAAUAUAAAUAGGUUAUCAAUCCCUAGUGCCUCAGGGGUCAGGAGAGGUCGCUUGACAUCAACCAGUACCUCAGACACCCAGAACAUUAACAACUCUGCUCAGAGAAGAACUGCGCUGCUGAACUACGAGAACUUGCCAUCCUUGCCUCCUGUUUGGGAAGCCCGCAAGCUGAGCAGAGAUGAAGAUGACAGUUUAGGACCAAAGACCCCGUCUCUGAAUGGCUACCACAAUAACCUAGAUCUGAUGCAUAACUAUGUCAAUACAGAGAAUGUAACAGUACCAGCAAGUGCUCAUAAAGUAGAAUUUACACGACGUCGGGACUGUACCCCAACAGUCUUUAACUUUGACAUUAGGCGUCCAAGUUUAGAACACAGGCAGCUCAACUAUAUACAGGUUGACUUGGAAGGUGGUAGUGACUCUGACAACCCUCAGACUCCAAAAACCCCCACCACUCCACUUCCGCAAACUCCAACCAGGCGCACAGAGCUGUAUGCUGUGAUAGACAUUGAAAGAACUGCUGCUAUGUCAAGCUUGCAAAAAGCACUGCCCCGAGAUGAUGGUACUUCUAGGAAAACUAGACAUAACAGUACUGAUCUGCCUAUGUGAGCCUGGGGAGCAUUGAAUCAUUUGCACCUUUUGUGAAGUUUAUAAAAUUGAAGAUGCGAGUACUUUGCAUUUCUUAACACUAACGCCUUUUAUAGACUAACAGAACUUUUUCUGCAUACUUCAUGUACUUGUCUUACUAAAGGGAAUUAAUGUAGAGCAAGUAUUCAUUUUAGGUAACACUAUUUCAUUCUACAGUAGAAGUAAUUACUGCAUAGCAGCAUCACCACCUUUCACAGUGCCUCUUUAAUUGAUUAGAGUCUGAGUGACAUGUCAGUUAUGAAUUUAUAAAUAUUCUGGUCUGGUGCCUAUACUCAUUAAUGGCAUUUAUAACACUUUUUGAAGCCUCUUGAUAUGUGCAUUAUUAGCAGGUAAACCUAAUCUUUCAAUAUACAUACCUGACAUUCAUUCCUCGUUGAAGUGGUUCCUCCAGAAUUAAAUGUGUGUAAUGCAUUAAUUCACUCAGUUUGACAUACACAAGAUAUAUUGGUUCAUCUCAAGGAAUAUAAACACCACACCUUUUUUGUCUGCGCGCAAGAAGGCCUCUAAUUCCUGACAGUUUUCUUGACGCAUUGAUGGUUGUUGAUCAGAACUAUAAACACAUCAAAAAACAGCUUUAAGCUCCUUCCGUUAAAAUAGAAUUCCGAGUGACAUAUCAAAUUCCCUCUGAAAUCUGACAAAAUUUAAAUCUCAUCAAAGUUUUGGGGUUUUUUGUGAAGGAAUUCACAGGUGGGCUGUUUGAAUUAAGGCUCUCUUGUCAUUUCUUAGUUCAGUGUGCCUUCUUUUCUUUGCAUUUGUGUGUUUCCUUUUUAUUUGUUCCAUAAUGUCUUGUUUUAAAAGUCAAAAUAAUGUACAUAGCUUUAAUUGUUCAGGGUCAUCUAUGUAUUUGUCUUACUCUCUGCAUUUGACAAAGCAAGACUCUUGAAGGUCAAAUGGUUGUCUUCGUCCAGUGUUCUACUUUUUUAUGCCUGACAGAAAUAUUCCAGCUCUCCAGCAGCAUGCAUUAUUGCACAACUGGAAAGGUUUAUUAUGCAGUUAUUGUCUUCCUCUAAAGCAUCAAACACAGGUUACACGGGAGGCAGGGUACUGGACUUGAUAGUUCUUUAUAGAAAGUUGUACGUUCUAGCAAUGUGCAUCCAUAGGUGAUAGUGUACUUUAAUUUAAAAAGAUAUGUAGUAAAUUAUCUGAAGGUAGUAUUAUCUAUGAGCAUACUUGUUUUCCUUUUGCAGUUGGUGAAUUUGGUUACAGUGAUGGCUGCUCAGUGUUACAGGUACAUCCAGGUAGAAUGUUGUUUGUUGAAUAUGCCGGAGGCACCCUUAGAAAUUGUUGUUUUUCUAUUUUGUUUAUUAAUACUCUGAAUAAUGUUAGAAUUCUGGCAGUAUUGCAGGUGCACCUUGGUACUAGCAGCAGAAGAGAUUGCUCUUGAGCCUGUGAUUGCAAAGGAACUGACACUUGUGUGAACUGGUGUGAUGUAAAAUAACCCUUGAACUGUGAGGAAAAACAUGCAAGAAAAGCCAUUUGGAGAUCUGAAAAAGCAUUAAGGGUCUCCAUGCAAUAUUUGAAUUGAAGUUUUAUAGAAACCAAACUGCAA